ACAUCGAAGCGGCAGGAGACCCUCCUUUACGUUGGAGGCGAAGGCGGCGUAGGUAAGAGCCAGGUUAUCAAGGGGAUCGUGGCUGGGAUGGAUCUCAUCAGACGCAAAGACGAGGUCAUUCUCAUGGCUCCGACCGGUGCCGCAGCCGAUAACAUCGGCGGGAACACAUACCACACGUCUCUGGGGAUCUCCAUUAAUCGCUCGCGAGGCUCGGCCAUGAAGCCUCGUGUGAGAAGGCUCUGGUCCCGCAAGACAAUCAUGAUCAUCGAUGAGGUGAGCAUGGUGGAUCUCAGCACGCUCAGCAUGGUUGAUAAC